GAAUUACAAAAUUCUUCAAGGAGAUAAUGAUACUAACUUGCUUACAAAGUUAUAAAACAUACACGACAUUGCAAUAUAAACCCUACCAAAAUCCCUACUUUUCCAUCAUUUCAUUCACUCACACACGCAUAACAUAUUUGUAGCAUCCAUACAUAAAUACAUACAUUUCGAGGGAAAGAGAUGAAAGAUCGGAUGGAGCGAUUAUUGAUAUUGCCUUUUUCGUUAGGGUGUUCAACGCAAUCUUGCGUCGCUGUGGCCACUACUCAUCAACAAAAGAAACCAAACCAACUCAUCAAGAGUACCUUCUUGCUCACAUUUCUUUUGUUCUAUAUCCUUGCUUCUUCUCUCUUUUUCUUUCUGAAUAGUCUUUUUCUCUGAUCUGGUUUUCUAAGGAAGAGAAGAAAGUCAUGAGAAUGGAUCAUUUGAAAAAGAAUACACAAAGAUGGACAGAAACGGUGCUAAUAUGUUAGAUGGUAUCUCUACAAAAUUAUUCGAGGCUUCAAGAGUUUCUCUCACUUUUUUAUUCGUGUAUGUGCCUUUUUGUACUGUCUUUUAUUUCUGAAUGAUCGUUUUAUCCUUUUUGGUUUUUAUAAGGAAGAGUAGAAAGUGAUGCAAAGGGCUCAUUUAGAAAGGAUUACACAAAGAUGGAGAACAACAACAACGGUGCUAAUAUCUCAGAUGGUAUCUACAGAAUUAUUCGCAGCUUCAAGAGUUUCUCGCACUUUUUCAUACGUUACGAAGAGGAGACGAAAGAGAGAGAAGCGGAGAUGGAGAUAGGAUUUCCAACGGACGUGAAGCACUUGAGCCACAUCGGAGUUGAUGGAACCAUGACCACUUUCGACAACACCUCCUCAUCUUUUCCAUUCUCCGGUUUCCAUCUCACCGGCACCGUCGUCUGAUUUUCGCAUCUUCUAGUACUAAAUCAACUACAUAUGACAUUUUCUUUCAAUAGUUUCAUAAUUAGUCAUAAGAUCAUCUUAUUUGGUUGCAAGUACGUACAUACAUACCUCAAAAUUCAAUAAUCAAUCUCAUUCCUUUAACUAUUCAGUUUUGGUAAGUUUUUGUUACUCAUCAUCUUUCACGAACUCGUUACCGUUUUACUUAAAUGAAAUAAUUCUUAGA